AUGCCGCCCGGGUUGACGCGAGCUGCGUCGUACUGUGCUCGCCGUGCUGGGCCUCCCAAGUCCUCCCUGGCAUGCAUGUCGGGCGCUUGCGAUGCGAUAACCUCAGCAAACAGGCUGAUUGGGCAGCAUCUGCGUGCUGGCAGGGUGGAUGCUGUGCGGGAGGUGUUCGACAGAAUGCCGCAGCGGGAUGUCGUGUCCUGGAACUCCCUCAUGGCCGCGUAUGCCCGUUCCGGGGUGCAUGACAGUGCAGUUACUGCAUUCCUCGAGAUGAGGCGCGAGGGGUUCUGCGCAGACCACACCUCCUUCUCCACUGUGCUGUCGACCUGCGCACGGAUGGAGGCUCUAGCUCUGGGGAGGUCCAUCCAUGGGCUUGCAAUCAAGACCAGAUCUUCAUUGAACAUGUUUGUGGGGUCCUCCCUGAUCACGAUGUAUGCCAACUGUGGGGUGUUCAGCUGCCUGGAGCGGAUUGUGGAUGAUGUCGACAGUCCAAACGUGGCCUUAUGGAAUGCUCUCAUAUCAGGCCUUGUGAUGAACCACGGGGUAGAGGAUGCUCGUAGGGUGUUCGAUCAGAUGCCAGAGCGCAAUGUUGUGUCCUGGACUGUGAUGAUCAAAGGCUAUUUUACUGUGCACGAGGUGGGGUGUGCAUUGGAGCUGUUUAACCUUAUGCCCGCAAAGAAUUCGGUGUCAUGGUGCGUCAUGAUUGGAGGCCUUGUCAACCACAAGCGAUUCAGAGAAGUGAUUGAACUAUUCAACACUUUGAUGAGCAGUAGGGACGUAGUGACAAAUGCAAUCUUUGUUAAGAUUGUUAAUGCUUUUGCUGGCUUGAAAAGUAUUGGAGGAGGCAGGUGUGUUCAUGGGUUUGCUGUGAAGUCUGGGUUUAUUCAUGACCACAUCAUCGAGGCAUCAUUAGUUGUGAUGUACUGUAACGCCUUAGAUAUCAACGAGGCACAGUUGGAAUUUUAUAAAAUGGAAAGAAAGCAUGUUGGCUCAUGGAAUGCUAUCAUAUCUGGCUGUAUCCAUGCAGGCAAGAUUGAUGAGGCUAGAAAGAUUUUUUAUUCCAUGGAUGGCAGAGAUAAGAUCUCGUGGAAUUUGAUGGUCAAUGGCUAUGCAAAAUAUGGAAGAAUUCCUGACGCUAUUGAGUUGUACUCAAAGAUGCCUGAAAAGAAUUUAGAAGCAUCUACUACUUUGAUGUCUUGUUUUAUAGACAAUGGAAUGCUUGAUAAAGCUCGGGAUGUGUUCUACAGUAUGCCUCAAGUAGAUGUGAUGUCCUGCACUACUUUACUAUUUGGAUAUGUGAAAGGAGGGUAUAUAUAUGAUGCACUGGAUCUUUUCUGUAGGAUGCACAAAAGGACUGUUGUCACAUACAAUGUGAUGAUAGCUGGUUUGCUUCAUCAAGGUAAGGUUACUGAAGCUUACAAGCUCUUUGAUGAAUCUCCAACACGAGAUUUAGUGACCUGGAGCUGUUUGAUCAAUGGGCUUGCUCAAAAUGGUUUAAACAAUGACGCACUUAAGCUGUACAAGAAGAUGCUACUGUCAAAUAUACGACCAAGUGAUUCCAUUCUUUCUAGCCUUAUUAGCUGUUUUUCACAGCAUUCUAUGAUUGUUCAUGGCCAGCAGUUUCACGCUUCUACUAUCAGGCUUGGGUUUGGAUCACAUUUAUUAAUUCAGAAUUCACUCAUCAGUAUAUAUUGCAAAUGUGGUGAAAUGAUUAUUGCCCAAGCCAUUUUUGAUAGGAUGGCCAACAGAGAUGUAGUGACAUGGAACACAAUGAUUUGUGGAUAUGCAUUCAACAGUUUUGGUCAAAAUGCUAUUGAGACAUUUGAUAACAUGAAAAAGGCUCAAGUUGAUCCUGAUGAGAUCACAUUUCUCGGCAUACUUUCUGCAUGUAAUCACAUGAGCCUUUUGGAGGAAGGCAAACAGUUCUUCAGUAUGAUGACAUGUAAUUAUGGAAUUUUACCAAAUAAAAUGCAUUAUGCUUGCAUGGUUGAUCUGUUCGGUAGGACAGGCAUGCUUGAGCAGGCUGAAGAGUUAAUGAACUCAAUGCCAUUUAAACCAGACUUUGCAAUUUGGACUUCUCUCUUGAGCAGUUGCCGAUUGAAUGGCAAUGACAGGUUGGCAGAGCAUGCAGCAAGUCAAUUAAUUUCCAUCAAACCUACUACUAAAAUGCCGUACCUGCAUCUCAUCAGUGUAAAUGGAUCAACCAAAAGAUGGAAUGUGAUGGAAAAUUUGAGAAGUCAAAUCAGAAAUGCUGCUACUGAGAAAGAAGUUGGCUAUAGCUGGAGUUAA